CGCCCACCACGCCGCCUCUUUGCUUCGUUCUCUGACUGUUCUCUCUACUUACAAUCGCUCGUUCGCUCGAUCUUUGUGAAGACAAAACUAAAAUGGAAGACAAAAGUUGUCCGUUCAAGAUAAUAUUAGGAUCUUCCUCCAUAGCUCGUCGUAAAAUAUUAGCUGAAAUGGGAUAUGAAUUCACACUAAUGAGUGCAGAUAUUGAUGAGAAGGAUAUCAGAAAGGAGAACCCGGAAGAUUUGGUCAUGGCUCUUGCUGAAGCAAAGGCUGAUUCCAUUUUAUCAAAGCUACAAACUAUCGAUAAUCAAGAGAAGGAUGAGAUACCAACUAUUUUGAUUGCUGCUGACACAGCAGAAGCCAUCUUACACAGGGGCCCCGUUGGUGAUUACAUAAAGGAAGCAGAUCCAACGUUGCUAAUUACUUCUGACCAAGUGGUGAUCUAUGAAGGUGUUGUGAGGGAAAAACCAGCCAAUGAGAAAGAAGCACGUGAAUUUAUACAAGGCUAUUCGGGUGGGCAUGCUGCAACUGUGGGGUCUGUUCUUGUUACGAACCUUAAAACCGGAUUCAGAAAAGGAGCAUGGGAUAGAGUGGAGAUAUAUUUCCAUGAAAUACCAGAUGAGAUCAUUGAGAAACUGAUUGAGGAAGGGACCGUAUUACAUGUUGCUGGAGGACUGAUUAUUGAGCAUCCUUUGAUAAAGCCAUAUGUUAAACAAGUGGUUAGUUUGAUUAUUUCUGUGAAUCACAUGGUAGGGACAACAGACAGUGUGAUGGGAUUGCCCAAAGCUCUCACGCAGAAACUCAUAAAGGAAGCCCUCUAGCAGCUGCAUCAUUCGAUUCCAUUAUUGGAGCUCUUUCGCAUUUAUUCUGUUCAGUUGAUAGUGUGUGUUGAUAUUUUACUUUGCCACAGCCCACAAAUGUGUUACUGCUCUGAACUUCUGAUAAAUCAACUUUUCCCACCUCAAUUGUGCUCUAUUUUUGACGCCAAAAGUUGUCGAAGGGCAGACAUUGUGUAAAGAAAGGCUACAUAUUGUCAAUGCCCCUUGAGAUGCAUUU